AAACAUUAAUAUAACGCAUCUAUUCAUCCAUCCAUCCAUCGAUCUAUCGAUCGAUCCAUUCAUCUAUCAAUCUAUUUGUCUAUCCUUCUGUCUAUCUCUGUUCUUCUCUCUCUCUCUCUCUAUCUCUCUCUCUCUCUCUCUCUUUCUCUCUCUCCAUCUAUCUAUCUAUCUAUCUAUCUGUCUCGUUGCGACCGAAUGAACACUUUACAUCCCGCAACGCUGAAUGACCAAUAUUUUCCCGUGACGGAUUCCAGCCACAUGCCUAGACGCUGCUGAUAUGACAAGCGCAGCGAAGUUCAUAUUACCGACAAGAGGGGGCGCUCGCUGUUGAGGUGUUUCCCAAACACACACAACAUAUGUUAGAGAUAAAAGUUGCUAUAUUCCAAUAACUAUACAGUAAGGACAAGCAAGCAUCUACGGAUGAUCGUUAGCUAUAUAUGGACGUUUGAUGACAAAUAUGCUUCUAGUUUUCCAAAGACUGGAAUAACCUACAUGAUAUCACCACUGAAGUCUCAUCUUAACUGAAAGACCAACUGACGAACGAUGUAUGAGCCAUGCAACCCAGCAUCAGAAAAUUCAACGGCAGCGGACAGCGGUGUGGAAUGGGAUGACAAUAUGUAUUUUGUGAUGGUCAUUCUCAUAAUAUUCUCCAUCAGUGGAACCAUCGGCAAUGCACUCGUACUCUACGUGUUUUCGAACACAAAGCAGAAGCUGACCUCGACAAUAUUUAUUUUAGCUUUGGCUGGAAUGGAUUUCAUCACGUGUCUUUUAACAAUACCUUCAACAGUGGCUAUAGAAUACGUGCUGUAUUACGUCCAGAAUGAUGCUGUUUGCAAAAUGUAUCACUUUUUACAGACGACGACAGUGCCAUUUUCUGCGUUAGUAAUGGUGGCCAUUGCAUCUGACCGAUAUCUUUGCAUAUGUCAUCCAUUUGUGCGAGCUAUGACGACAAGGCGCGCACAGAUUCUCGUUGCACUACUUGGUGCAGUUGCUGUGACAUUGGGCAUCAUCGGAUCACUUGCAUAUAGCGUGUACAAGUUCAAAGAUAUAGAUGUAAUUAUUGAGAAUGGUACUCAUCUAAUGAAUUCAACGCCAGUUACGGGUAUAUUUUCUAACUACACAUACGAGACGGACACAUAUGCUGCUUACGUAGAUGGCAAUGGCGCAUCAUCAGCAUCACUCGAAAAUAACAAUGCCAACCGUACGAUAUGUUACACAGGGAUAUGUGACAUUAGUUUCCUUAUUUUGCCACGGAAAGUGUUCACCGUUUACCAAACGAUUUAUUCCUCACUAUUUCUCAUAUCGCUCGUAAUUGUCGCAUUUUUGUAUGCGUUAAUUUAUCGCAGUGUACUAUCAAGACGAAAACAAAGACUGAAAAUUGUCACGAACAAGUGCUGUCUGUUUUGGAGUGACGACUCACAACCCAGUGCGGAAGAGACAGAAAUUACAACUGUCAACACCGAUUCAAAUGAUAAACCGAUUAAACACGGCGUUAAAGCCGAGAAGGACGCCAUACUGAAACACGGAACUCGGGCAAAGCUUGAAAAGGUCCGCAUAGCAAACCUUAAGACAGCUGCCAUGUUGUUUGUUGUUACAUUAGUUUUUGUGUUGGCUUUUCUGCCCUCUUGGCUGAUGGCCCAUCGCUAUAUACAGAUGAACAUUAUCGUAUUUUAUAUGUAUUUUUCUUAUAAUAUUGCCAACCCAGUAGUUUAUGCCUUUAUGAACAGAAAUUUUAAAAAUCAAUUGAAAGAAAUAUUUAUUAACUGUAAAAAAUGAUCAGCAUUACCUGAAGAAGAAAUGUUGUUUUUCUCUCACAUGCCACAUGGAUAUUAAAUAAGAGCCAUUGACAAUUCUAUAAAGAAACUGUGAACUUUAAAAAUAAACUAAAGAACGGUCUGUUUAAAAAAAAAAACGUAUAUUCAUAUAAACUUGUAUACACAUGAAGGCAUGUAUAAAUAUAUAACAAAGGCAACACAAGAAAUAUAUAUAAUCUCAUAUCCAUAUAAUUAUAUCUAAAUCGAUACAAAACACUAACACAUCACACAUCACACACAUGCAUGCACACAAACAACACACACACACACAUGCAUGCACACAAACAACACACACACGCACACACACACACACACACACACACACACACACACACACACACACAUACAAUCAUACGCAUUCAUACACAUAUGCAUAUCUGAAGCGCCGUCUUUCAAUACAUUACAAUCACUCACAUUCUACAGGUAUACACAUCACUUGUACAUGUUGAUAAAUUUGCUAAAAUCUGAGAAAUUAAACUGUUGAUACUCAGAGGUUUAUGUGUUUACGUGGACGAACGGAUUCAUAGGUUUGUUUACAGUAGCAUAUUCAUAUCUGUAUUAGUAAAAGUACGCAAUAAAAUGCACACGUAUGUAUUCAGGAAACAACUAAGAGUAUAUUAUGUGUGUAUUGGGUUGGUGCAUAAUUAUUGCAGCCUUUUUUUCUUUUAACAAAAUUUAUUCAGCAAAUACAACAUGAAACAAAAACAUCUUUAAAUGAUUAUUCUGGAGCAUAUUCACCAUCUACUUCAAUUACUGCUCCGCAUUUGGUUGGCAGAUGGUCAGACCGUCAUUUAAAAAUGUUUUGUUAUUGUUUUUAUUGAAUGAAAUUUGUUGAAAAAAAGCCGCAAUAAUUAUGCACCAACCUAAUAUAUAUACAUAUAUAUAUAUAUGAGUGUGAGUGUGUAAACAUAUAUGUGUGUAUGCAUAUAAAUACACUAUCUAUAUUCUUCAAAUAUUAUUACACUUACAGUUUUGAGAGACUUUUUAAUCUUUUACAUCAAUGUAAGCACACACACACACACACACACACACACACAUAUAUAUGUGUAUACACACAUGCAUACGCACACACUCACAUACAUAUAUACAUACAUACAUGUAGCCAGACAGACAUAUACAUACACGCUUAAACAGACACACACACACACACACACACACACACACACACACACACACAAGCACAAGCACAAACACAUAUGUAUAUAGACAAACAUACAAAUAUAUAUUUCUACAAAGAAACAUUGAGAGAGCGAGAGAGAGAGAGAGAGAGAGAGAGAUACAGACAGACAGACAAACAGAUAGACAAACAGACAGAUAGACAGAUAGACAGACAGACUGACAGUGGGGGGCUGAUAGAAAACAUCCGAGAGCUUAUAUUCAAUAAAUUAUGUUACACAAGCACCAAGACACGCUAAAUAUAUACAUAUAUAUUAUAAUCAUAUGAUAUAUUUUAAUAUCGCGCGCACACACACACACACACACACACACACACACACAUAUAUAUUAAAACAGUUACACAGCGACACAUAGGAACUCAGAAAAAUGUCAUACUCAUGUUUGUUUCUCUGUUUACAGUGUUUUGUUUCUAUAAAUCUAAUUGUAUUAAU